CUUUGUACUCUCCGCUCGCUUCUUCACCUGCAAAAACAAACAUCUCACAUUCUCUCUAAACUCUCGACAAUGGCUACUACUUCCAACUCGGUACUCUUCCUAAGUUCUGACUCACUGAGUCAUCAUCAUCAUCAUCAUCAUCAGCAGCAGCCUCUGCAUCUCCCUUCCUCCAGAUCUCACUCUGUUUCUCUCCCACCCAACAAGCGAUCCAAUUCUCUCACGCUUCGUUGUUCUACAAAUGGCGAUAACACCUCAUCGGAAAAGGAAACUCCAAUCGAACUCAAAUUCCCAGCAUUUCCAACGGUAAUGGACAUUAACCAAAUCAGAGAGAUAUUGCCUCACAGGUUUCCGUUUCUGCUGGUAGAUAGAGUGAUAGAGUAUACGCCAGGUGUUUCAGCUGUAGCUAUUAAGAAUGUCACAAUCAAUGAUAAUUUCUUCCCUGGACAUUUCCCUGAACGACCCAUCAUGCCUGGUGUUCUCAUGAUUGAGGCAAUGGCGCAAGUGGGAGGUAUAGUAAUGCUGCAGCCGGAAGUAGGAGGCUCUCAAGAUAACUUCUUCUUUGCCGGUAUUGACAAAGUGAGAUUCCGCAAACCAGUGAUUGCAGGAGACACGCUGGUCAUGAGAAUGACACUUCUCAAGUUCCAGAAACGGUUCGGGCUUGCUAAGAUGGAAGGUAAAGCUUAUGUUGGUGGCGCUUUGGUAUGCGAAGGCGAGUUCAUGAUGGUUUCUGCUGGUAGUUCUUGAUCUCACCCAUUAACGCUCUCACUUGCCACAUGUUGAUUCUCCUAAUGCUUCUUCUGUUAUUCUAAAAACUAGACAAGACCAAGCUUUAUGUUUUCGACAUUUAUAUGAGCUUCUCCGAGAUUAUUUUGCCCUUA